GUCAUAGCAGAUUCAAAUUGAAAACACUACAAGUUAAUAUCCCACCAUGCUUACUCUGACCGUCCCCGAAAACUACGGCUCUGUCAUUGCCGUCGCUCUGGGCGCCAUCCCCGUCCUGAGCUUCGUCCAUGGCGCCGUCGUGUCUCGUCUUCGUAAGAACGCCGAUUGCCCCUACCCUCACUGCUAUGCGACCGUAGAGCAGUGCAAGACCAACCCCAAGGCUGAGCAGUUCAACUGCGCUCAGCGCGCUCAUGCCAACUUCCUUGAGAACUCCAGCCAAACUAUGCUCUUCAUCCUGGUGGCUGGAUUGAAGUACCCCCAGUUGGCAACUGGCCUUGGAAGCAUUUGGGUUCUCGGUCGCUCACUGUUCCUUUACGGAUACGUGUACUCCGGCAAGCCGCGGGGUCGCGGUCGGUUGUACGGCAGCUUCUACUUGCUUGCGCAGGGAGCUCUUUGGGGAUUGACCUCUUUUGGAGUCGCGAGGGAGUUGAUUUCCUACUUUUAAGUUUGGAUUGACUUCGUGGGUGUGAUUGGCGGUGUUGGCUAUACCAGCUAUAUGUAAUAACCUUUACUAUUGUAUAUUACUACUCAACGCGUUUACUAUGCGUACUGCUAGGGUCGGCAAUGACAAUGAC